ACUUUAUACACCGUAGCAACACUUUGUGCUAAGCUUUCUUAGGGGUAGUAAAGAAACAUGCGGUCGUACGCAAUUGCCCUAUUUCUCAUAGCGACGGCGCGGGCUAUGCCUGCGCUAGAGAAGGACAGCGAUCCUGGCGCGGUCGGCAGCGUUUUAGCAGUCGUGAAGGAGUGUUUUGACGGCGACGUAUCCUUGUGCCUGAAGGAGAAAGCAUUGAAGUAUGUGGAGACGAUAUCGUCCGCGCGGGAAAUGAAUCUUGCUGAGGGUGUGACGCUGUUAGGCACGGGGUCGCCGAGGUCUGCGAGGGCGUACGAGCCGCUGGCCGAUGAGCCCAAGGCUAGGGAAGCCCAGGUUGAAUCCAGGCUUGUGGACAUCGCAGCUGAAUUCCUGGAGAACCAUGUCAUUGAAUUCCGUAUGCCGUCAUCAGCUGUGGAGGGCAUGAAGCGGUCUCUCGAUGAAGCUCGUGGCAAGAAGAAGAAGUUGAAGCAGCUCCUCCCUCUCUUGGCUCUAGCUAAACUGAAGAUCAUGGCACUCAUUCCUCUGUUCUUGGGUAUCAUCGCAUUUGCUGCCGCGAAGGCCGUCCUCCUCGCCAAGGUCUCUCUACUUGUUGCUGGUAUCAUCGCUCUCAAGAAACUCCUAGCUAGCAAGCACCAUGAAACCAGCUACGAAGUUGUAGCCCAUCCUCAUCAUGAGGAACACUACGCAAGCAGUGGUCAUGGAUGGGGCAGAUCAAUCGACGAAGCCCAAAACUUAGCUUACGGAGGCCAUAUUAAGUCAGAUUAAGGGCGUCGCACAAGGACCCGUUCUUGGUACUUAGUUGUUCUUAAUGUAUGCAAAUGAAAAAUGCGAUGUGUGACAUGCAAGCGAAACGAGUUAUUUAUUAUUAGAUUUAAGGAUAUUUAUUGUGAACUAGUAUGUAAACCCUUUGUAAGGGUCGUAGCGAUGUUCGUUACUGUUGUUUUUGUUUUCAAUAAUAUGUUCUGAGUUUGUAUGGUCCCCUCGUUGUACUAUAUUAGUAUAUUUUUCACACUCUAUACGGUAUCCGUAUUUGUGUAUUUGUUAUAAACAAAUAUUUUAGAUACUUGAUACUUAUCUCUACUUUGAUUUACUUCUAUAGCUAUUUUGUGAUCUAGUCCUAUAAGUUCUUAGAUAUGUAUAUGUAAUGUAUAUAUUAUACCUAUUAUACGUAUAUUAUAUUUGUAUGUGUUCAUGUAGAUAUUAUGAAUAUGUGUAUAUUUUGUAAAUAUUGUAUAUUUUAUGUACAAUGAUAUGUAUCGAUUUUAUGCCUCCGAGUAUCCGAAUUUAUAUAUUAUAAUGCAUCGAUAUGACAUUUCAUCUCAUCAUUAAUUUCUAAUAAUAAUUAUGUAUGAUAAUUAUUGUUUUUCAUAUUAUCUUUCAACUUUUCGUCAUUUAUAUGUACUUACUCAUUUAUAUCUGUGAUUCAUUCUCUAUUUAUGUUUAUUGUCUUGAAACGAAACUAGAAACCUCUCAAACACCAAAGGAGAAGUUUAUUUAUAAAUAAUAUGCAUCUAUAUUCCGUAUCAUUAUACGUUUUAUAUCACCUUUAUAUUUAUCAUUAUUACAAACCGAUUCGUACAAAUAAAGAACUGAAGAAUAA